AUGAGCUUCAUAAGAAUUGCGCGAAGUCUUGCUCGAGGAUAUUAUAACCUACCAACAAAUAUCAUUGACAGGACAUCAAUAAAUACAUCCCGUAAGGAUGACGAUAGUGAUACCAAAGCAACAGGUAGUCAACUGGAUUCACCUGAUGAGGAAUGGCUUAAAGACUAUAAUAGCUUUGUUAAUGUAAGACGGAGAAAUAGGUCAGUUUUGCGCACUUUUGUGUUUGGUAUAGGAUUAUUUCUAAUUAUUGCCAUUUUAACUCUAUGGUGGCCCCUUACUGGAGCAGAUUUACCCCAGUGCCAUUCAAUUUACAUGUAUCCAUCAUAUGCAAGAGUCGAUGGAUUUAAUGAAAAGUUUACCAGUCUAGCAAACAAAUAUCAUCUCUAUUUGUAUAGAGAACAAGGUAUGGAUAAAGAACCUCUAAACAACGGUGAAAUACAACUUGAUGGAAUUCCCGUUCUUUUUAUUCCAGGAAAUGCAGGAAGUUAUAGGCAGGUAAGAUCGAUUGCUGCAGCAUGCUCUGAGCUUUACUUUAAACAAUCAGAUAUACUGAUCAAUAAGAAUGCAAAAAAUCUUGAUUUCUUCGCAGCUGACUUCAACGAAGACUUUACAGCUUUUCAUGGUGGUACAAUGUUAGAUCAAGCGGAGUAUCUAAAUGAUGCCAUAAGAUACAUUCUCAGUUUAUAUGACCAGCCUGAUGUGUCAACUACAUUAGCUAAGCCGAAAUCGGUCAUAAUAGUUGCUCACUCAAUGGGUGGGAUUGUAGCAAGACUAAUGCCAACACUGAAAAAUCAUAUACAUGGGUCAGUACAUUCGUAUCUUACUUUGUCAUCACCACACGCUGCGGCACCGAUUACCUUCGAUGGAGAUGUACUUCAAUUAUACAAGAGAACCAACGAAUAUUGGAAAAGAGAAUUAAAUGACAAAUCUUCAUUUAUUUUCAACAAUGUUUCUUUGAUUUCUAUAACUGGAGGAAUCCAAGAUACUAUAUUACCCGCUGAUUAUGCUAUGAUUGAGGACCUAAUACCUUAUUCGAAUGGAUUUACCGUACAUACCAAUACAAUUCAAGAUGUUUGGACCCCAAUAGACCAUCUGGCCAUUGUCUGGUGUAAACAAUUGAGAGAAAUAAUUUCUCGUUAUUUGGUGGAAACUUCUAAUAUUUAUCUACCUUCAAAAGUUGUACCAUUGGAGGAGCGCAUGAAGAUUGCAUCACAACUGUUCCUAUCUGGGUUUGAAGAUUCAUACAGAAAUUAUUCAGGUGAAGAACUUCGUAACCUCACAACUAAUUCUGAAGUGAGCAGUGAAAUGAAGCUAAAUGAUAUAGUAAAAAUAACUAAAGACACUAUUCCAGAUAAACCCUACUUAUCCGUUCCUGUUGCACAAUUUGAUGGUAAUGUUUUUCUCACAUUAUUCUCUAACUCUGACAAUAUAAAGAUAUUAGGUUGCGCAAAUUCAUAUAGACAUGAUCCAACAAUACAUAGUUGCAAAGAUCUGUCUCAUUUUAUUAAGAAAGUUCCAAGGUAUUUCGAUCCUAACAAAGAACAUAAAACUGAAAGCAACAAGCUUUUGCAUACUUCCAUCGAUGAAUUUAAGAAAUAUGAUUUUGUAAUUGUCGAUUUUUCAACUAUUGUUGAGGAACACGAUUUACUUGUUUAUGCAACUUUGAGCCGAGAAGAACAUACAGUAAUUGAUGUGACGCCCUCAAACUUACUAUUUAUGUCACAAAAGAUUAAAGUGCCACCUGGAGCAUUAAUGAACAAAUGGGAGUUCAUUAAUUUAUGGGAUUCACUCUUUGCAUACAAGAUGAAUGUUGACACUACUGCAAUGGAACAACCUUUCGAACCUUUUGUAAAACAACAUAUUAAAGAACCAUUCGAAACUAAAUGGCAUCUCAAUGUUUUGGAAUCUACAACUAGUAUAAGUUUCCACAAUAUAGCACCAUUUAUCCCAACAAAUGAAAACAUUACACGCUCCUUAUUUUUAACAUUAGUAGGAUCACCAGAAAAUGAUUAUUUUAUCAGAAUAUCUGUUGACUAUCUAAUGACACUGAAACUACUCUAUAUUAGGUACAGAUUAGCCAUUGCAUCCUUUCCCAUAGCUGUAAUUACUAUGGUUUUAGCCUAUCAGUUCUAUAUUUACGACAGAAGAGGUAUUUUUCUACCUUUCGUCACUGCACUCGGUCACCUAAUCUCCACAUACAAUACGAUAAUCUGUUUCAGUUUGCUAGGGCUAUCCUUUUUGUGUGAUAUGAAAUUGGUGCAAAAUGCAUUAUUUGCGAUUGAUCCCUCCCAUUUGAAUAAACCUUAUUUCAAUUCUAACAAAGAUGUUCGUAAUAACUUUUAUCUGUUAGGAUUAAGAUCUAAACUAUUAGGUGUAUUGGUAUAUUUUUUUUUCACAAUUGGAACAGCUUUGGUGAUUUUAUUGAAUGGUAUCUUAUUGACUUUUCAGAAACUAUUUACAAUGGCUAUUAACCUCAAGAGAACAAAUAUGCUUCAAAACCAGAGGACUAAUACUACUGCUAUCAUUACCAAAUGGAGGUUUCUGGCUCUAUUUUUAAUAAUUAUCUCAGUUUCGACAUUCAUACCUUAUCAAAUGGCAUUUAUGUUGGCAGUUAUAAUCCAAGUUAUUAAUAGUCUUAAAGUAAGUUCAUUAAGUGCACGCACUAAAAAUCACCAGAACUUAUUAAACUUCAACAUGUCUCUUUUAUUAUUGUUAAUUUUCAUCGCAAUCAUUGACUUUCCUAUAAUAAUUGUUUUCUUACACAACGUCGCAAUUCGUUGUGGGACUUCAUUCAGGUCUCAGCAUAAUUGCCUAGCAAUCAUCCCAAUUCUAUUAAUGGUAAAUAAUAACUCACUAUUAAGGUUACCUAAUCGUACUAAGGGAAACAAAGGAAGACUAGUCUCACUUUUGGGACUAAUUUAUCUCUCAUUAUUCAGUUUAAUCUAUGGUAUUAGAAAUUUAUUCUGGUUGCACCAUGGAGUUAAUAUUUUUUCCAUGUGGGUGUUUUACUUAACAAUAUUUAGUAAAGGAUCAUAA